UCCAUAGAGGCGCCGAAGUCGGCAGAGCCUAGAAUUCUGAACACCUAGCUAGAAAGCUCAUAAGUCUAUUCCGCUAUCAUUUGGAAAUGAACUGCAGCUCGGUGUGUCGUGAUGGGUCGUGAGCCUGCGGCUGGGUUGUCCAACCUCAGACACCGCGACGUCCAGGAGCAAGCCUUCAAGGCUUGUGACGGCGGCGGUGGUCGUGCACGAGGCAGGCACGACCGGUGGCCGCACAUCCAGCGGGUUUGAGCAGGGGGCAGCUUACCGGGUACCUCUCAUGGGGACGAGGCCGCCGUGAGGCCACCACGCCGGUGGUGCAUUUGGGGGUGGGGGCUCAGCUGCAUCAGCAGCUGCGAUCUGCAGCAGCGCCAGCGCGGCGAUGUCCGCCAGUGAUGGCGCUGUCGCUGCAGGCCUGGAGGCGGCCGCGGCCGCUAAUCAGCAGCCGCUAGCCUCAAUAGCAGAUUACGGCGCGUCGCUGCUAGCGGACGUCAUUAAGCGGAGACCUGAGCAGCAGGCAGAUGCGGCAGCACCGGCCGCCAAGGCACCGCGGCUGGCGUCCAGUGAGGAUGCAGCGGCAGCCGCAGCGGCGGCAGCCGGUGCGGCACCGCUGCAGUUUGCUCCGGAUGAUAUCGCCCGUAUCGCCCUUAGCAACCUGUGGAACGCGGUGUCAGCCGCGGCAGCUGCAGGCCGGACUGGGACGCCGGGCGCUCCGCCCUUUGCGGCGCCACCAGCCGCAACAGCCCCAGCCGCGGCGCUGAUGCCGUCGCCGCGCACCGGUCCCCACCACAACCCGCGCGACAUCAUCCGGCUGUCCAGCAACCAGGGCGCGGCGCACGGCGCUCAUGCACUGCGCAAGUGCUUCCCGGACGAGAUCGCGGCGCUGUGCGAGACGGGCGAGAGCACGCUGGUGCAGCUGUGGGCGGCGGUGCCGCAGAAGGACGGCGAAUACCAGGCCUUCACGGCACGCCUGUUCCUGCAGAAGCGCACGCCGCUGCUGUUCCUGCGGGCGGAGAUGCUGCAGGCGCUGGGGCUGCACAGCCACGCCGAGUUGCAGCUGCGGCGGGAGGGCGACCGAGUGCUGUGCUCGGUGGUGUCGGUGGGCGUGGACAAGCUGCGCAAGCGGCAGCGGGGCGGGCAGCAGGGGCAAGCGAGGGGCGCAGCAGGCGCGGACGAGGAGGCGGACACGGACACGGAUGAGGGGGAGCCAGCGCCCACCCCUCAGCCGGAGCCUAUUGCACCAGAGCCGCUUCAGUCCCCGUUCAGCCCACCACCGCAGCCGCAGCCGCGGCAGUCGCAGCUGGGGCAAGGGAGGGUGGAACCUGUGGAGCCGCGGCCGCAGCACUUGCCGCCAACGCAAGCAAUGCCCGCGCAAGAGCUCGCCUCCGCCCACAGCCUGCGGCUUCCAAGCGUGGCGCUGCCCGCCGUCGUCGCUGCCCCCGCCGUUGCCCGGCGGCCGCUGACGGUGGCGGACCUGGGCCCCAGCCGCGGGCCGCAGGUGCUGGUGUACAACCGCAGCCAGGGCGCCUGCACCGGCGCCGCCGCCAUCCACCGGCACUACGGGGCGCAGGUGGCGGCGGUGAAGAGCACCGGCGCCUCGCAGCGGGGGCGGCUGUGGGCGCGGCCCUGCCUGCCGGGGGCCGGGCUGGGCGAGCUGCAGGAGUUCGAGCUGCGCGUCACCUGCAGCAAGCACGGCACCGUGGGCCUGGGCUUCCGCAUGGACCUGGUGCGCGCGCUGGGCAUCAUGCAGCCGCCGCUGGUGGAGCUGGGGCACAUCGUGCUGCGGCUGUCGUUCGAGGGUGAGGGCGAGGGGCGGCCGCUGGACCCAGACCCCCCGCCCCUGGGGCAGCAGGCCGCGGACGGCGGGCGCAGGGUGCUCUGUGAGGUGGUGUGGCUGGCGGAGGAGCUGCAGGCAGGAGGGGCGGGGGGCGCAGGAGCUGCGGGGCCCGCGGGGGCCAACGGGGCCAACGGGGCGGGUGCACCGGAGCCCCGCAGGAGCGGCAGUGGCCGUGCCUCGCGCGCCUCGGCGCAAAAGCAGGCAGCCGCGGCGGCAGCGGAGCUGCAGAUGGAGGAGCAGCGCCAGCAGCUGCUGCUACUGCAGCAGCUGCAGGACCAACAGCCGCACCCGGCGCACCUGGCGGCGCGGCUGGUGCCCAUUGGCGGCGCCGCCGGCUACCUGGAGGACUUGUACGGGCUGUACGACACAGAGACCGACACGCCGUGGCAGCUGGCGGCAGGCGGCACGGGCGGCGGGAGCGCUGGCUACCCCUGGCCGCCGCCGCGGCUGCGCCUGGACGAGUCCACGGUGGAGGCCAUCUUCCGGCAGAGUCUGCGCAGCGUGGCGGCAGUGAUGAUGCAGCAGGGCAUGCGGCGCCUGGGGCAGCCGGCGGGGCUUGGCGCACAGCCGCCGGAGGGCCAGGCAGCGGGCGUGGCGCCGGAUGGGCCCGCGUGAGCAUGGCUGGCUGUGGAACUGUGCGUGGGUGGGGGUGGGUGUCUAGGGGGGGGGGUAGUGGGGACGAGUGCGGCGGGUUUGCGCACGCAUCACAUGUUGCAACAUGGGACUGAACGCCAAACGCAGUGCGAGGAUUAUGUGUCCACGGAAUGGUGCGCUCCAUGGUGGGGCACUUUCAUGUGCAUAUUAAUGACCUUGGGCCAAUCUCCAUGACCUUGUUUGGGAAGUGAAAGGAUGCGUAAAAGAACUGGUGCGCGUGUGAGGUGGGGAGCAGUGAAAGAGAGCCGAGAGUUGCAUUAGGUUCAUGAGUAUUGGGGCUAUCACAUGAGUGGGGCAUUGCUUACUGGCGCAUGUGCGCAUCACAAUGCGGGGAAACGCAACAAAUGCAGAGGGCGGCGGCGAAGAGCGUAUGGAGGGGGUACUGGCUAGCGAGCCCUAACUGGCCCUAACGGGCUCCCGAUGUGCACCUGGUGAUGUGCUUCUCAUGUGCGGGGCAUCUCGGUCUGACGGUGGGGCAUCCGAGGCGCUCACCAUGAAUCGCCGCGUUUCCACACAACGCGACAAUGUGUUAGGCCUACGCCUCGCUAAUACCAGUACAGGCGAUGAUCCGAACGGUGAAAGGGGGCGAGAGCUGAAGAGCCUUGGGUCACAGCUCUUCACAUCCGGACUGCAUGACUGAGGUAGGGAACACCAUCCUUUCUC